GCUCAUAGUCACUUCAGCCUGGCAGCCGAUCACUUGGUUCACUCUCCUCUCUUUGUACCGUUACCUCCAGUGUUGGCUAUUAGCAUCCUGCAUUGUCUUAAAUAAUUACAACGGAAAGGAGACUUGUAAGUGACCAUGUACAUUAUUGAACGCAGAUAGGAACGACGACGUGGAAGGCGUCACAAUGCAGCAACCUAGUAUCUUUCGAAUCUGCUAUCUCGCUCGAGUCGGAUACGCUAUCUGAAUGCUCUGAACACCCGUACGUUUCUCUUGGUACUUUCUAAUAUAUCCAUGACCAGUAAUAUUGAGACUAAUUGAAAUACUAGGUGCUUUAUAAGUACACACCCUCAUGCGCUUGUCACUGCCGCUCAGAAUGUCUGGCUUGCGGUUCCGUCUCUCUGGUGCGAUCGAACGUACUAAUCGCCCUCCGAUCCCACAAGCAUAUUCAUGGGCAGAGCACUACAAACCGACGCCGACGCGACCACUCCUCGACAUGUCGCAAGGCGUACCAGGCGUUCCUCCACCUAAAAUCUUCCUUGAUGCUCUUGGAACCGCCAGUUCCUCUCCGUCAAGUUGCGGGUACGUACCUAAUGCUGGAGAACUUGCGCUUCGGCAAGCGAUUGCGGAAGAGAUGAGAAUACCCUAUGGCGAAGACAUUGACGUGACUGCAGGAGACAUCGCCAUUACUGCUGGUUGCAAUAUGGCUUUUGUGGCUACGAUAAUGACGAUUGCCGAGGCGGGGGAUGAGGUGAUUUUGCCAGUUCCCUGGUACUUCAAUCACGAAAUGACUUUGACCAUGCUAGGAGUCAAAGUCGUCCCUCUACCCACUGAUCCGGAUAACGGAUUCCUACCUUCUUUGGAGCAAUGUGCAAAGCUGGUUACCCCAAAGACCAAGGCUAUAGUGCUAGUCACCCCCAAUAAUCCCACUGGAGCCAUUUAUCCGGCAUCUCACAUAGCAAUGUUCGCAGGUCUCGCAAGGUCGCGUAACCUCGCACUCAUCCUAGACGAGACGUACCGCGAUUUCCUAUCGACCGAAUCUCUUCCUCCACAUAAGUUGUUUGCUCCUCCAGCAUCCAGAGGCCCGUUCGAUCCUUCAUCGCAUCACGCUCUGCCAACAGACUGGUGUUGGCGUGAAACUAUCAUCCACCUCUUCUCUUUCUCGAAAUCUUACUGUAUCCCAGGUCACCGCCUUGGGCUCAUAUGUGCUUCCCCCGACAUCAUGCCAUCCCUCAACAAAGCUCUCGACAACGUCCAAAUCUGUGCUCCUCGUCCGCCCCAGAUUGCUCUAGCGCCCCUUCUUCCUGCACUCCGACCCUUCGUUCAAUCCAAUAAUGAAGCUCUAAAACAUAGACACACCCUCUUCAAAUCUCUGCUUCCUCCGAAAUGGCACAUCGGUGCCCAGGGCGGUUACUAUGCUUUCGUGAAGCACCCUUUCAUCGGAAUUGGCGCGACGAAAGUAGCGAGGAGACUGGCAGAAGAGAUGGGCGUCCUGUGUCUACCAGCCGGGUUUUUUGGACCUGGUCAGAGUGAGAACGUCGGACCUGAUGAACGCGAUGUCGAAGACCGAUGGAUCCGGUUUUCGGUUGCGAAUGUGAGCGAUGACAAAGUGCGGCAUGUGUGUCAGCGUUUAGGAGAGAGUGAGAUGGCCUUCGGCUGGGAGACAGAGUGACAAAUAGGAACCCGGUGCGGCAUCCUAUAAGCUCAAUCAUCCACAAAGAUGUAUUCGUUGGUGGUCUGAUACCAAUUCGACGUAACGCUUGACGCAAGCUGCGAGUUC